AUAUAUAUAUAUACGAGUUUUAAUUUCUUUUGUAAAUACAAUUUUCCAUAAUCAACGUAGAGUUUAGAAGGAUCUUUUUUUUUCCGAAGAAAAGCCUUACUUUACUAUAAUAAGAUAGUACAAAUCGAUGAAACAUUUGUAAAUUAAAUAUAGAUCGUUGGAACACACAAUUCCAUGCUAAAUAUAUAUAUAUAUAUAUAUAUAUAUAGGAAAGAAGAUAAGUAACAUAGUAAUUAUUCAAUCGAAUAAAUCUAGGAAUAAAUUGAAUUUAAAGUGCAAUUUAAAGUUUCAUCGAGACUUAUGAUAUAGUACGAUCACAAAUACGUAGAAAUUUUGACGCUCGAAUCGGCCGUAGAGAAAUAAAUAUAAAAAGAUAAACGAAAAUCCGUUGUUAAAUCUUGUAGAAAAAUGAAGAGGAGAGUAGGCGAAUGUUUAUAAAUCAAUUGUUACGAGUAUUCUGUGGUUGUAUACACCUUGUAAUUGUAUACGAUUGUUAAAAUAAAAAUUGAAAAAAGAAAAAAGAAAAAAAAAAAAAAGAGAGAAAUCUUUUACUCCGUAGAGUUGGUAAAAAUGUGUUAAGGGUAAAGAUGGCGAGGCGGGAAAUUUGAAAUUGAAUCAAUCGGGAGGAUGUAGGGUGAAGAGAACGGUCGAAUAACCAAAGGCGGUUCUCGUUCGCAGGCCGUCGAUAGGCCUAUCGAUCCUGUUGCUAGGCGGUAGGACGGGAGGGCGUUCGAGUGUCGCAGUUAGAUUCCCGCGUUUCCCGUCAGAUGACGCUGCGGUGGCGCGCGGCUCGCUCGCGGAGUGACAGCUCGGCGAGAACUGUCAGCCGGAGCGCGUUUACGCGGCCGUUUCUGUUAGAAAUAAGGAUACGAUCGGUCUUCGAAUCGGCAGGGUGUAAGCGCGAAAACGGGUUGGCGUCAAGGAUCGUGUCGAGGAGAAGUAAUUUCGAUUUGUAUCGAGUUUGAAAAUCGAGAGGUCUCGUACCUAACGGUGGGCGUGCACGCAGGAGGGAACGGCUCGCCGGCUCGGUCAGUCUACUGGAAGAUUCCAUUGUGUGAGAGUGGGCUUUGAAAAAGUUUCGGCUGGAAGGAGCUACGUUGCUUUCGCGCCUUUCGCAGCCUUCUCUUUGCUGGAUCGAUCAAGAAGGAGAAAAAGUCGAGGUGUCAAAUGGAUUAAUCAACGCGCAACAGAUCCGAUCGUUCUCGUGACAGAAACUCUCAAAUUGGCGAGGACAACCAUUUCGCGACGUAACGAUGUAAAGAAAAAAUGUAACUCGUCGUUUUGAAGAGAGAACAGCAAGAGGAAGACAGCAAAGAGAAAAAAAGAAAGAAAGAGAGAGAGAGAGAGAGAGAGAGAGAGAGAGAAAGAGAAAGAGAGAAAGAGAAAAACAAAAAAGAGAAAAAAAGGUUCGUAAACGACAUCGUUGGUGAGUCAAUCGAGAAAGGAAUCGAUAGAUCGAUGGUUAAAUACUCUGUUACUUUUCAAAGUCGGUAAAAUCUUUCCCGGAGGAGAAACGAAUUUUACGGUCGAUUCUCACAGCAAAACGCGACGAAACGAGCGUAAUUACGAGUGGAUAGUAUAAACCUUUUGUACGCCUUCCUUCUUUCUUUUUUUUUUUUUUUAUUUAUUUUGUUCCCCUCCCUCUAUUUUUCGCGAAGCAAGCUCCCGUGGCGUAAACUGGUACGCUCGUAAGCGUAUUUCAAAGGACCGAUUCGUUCGAUCGUCGCAAAAGUAUAAGAUCGAUAAUCCGUCGGUAAACAUAUUUGAGAUUUUGUCGAAUUUUGCGAAAUUUUUCCUUUGCAGUUUCGUAGCCGUUUCGUUUUUGGUUUGGAGAAGGAAGGAGAAGAAAGGGAGAGAGAGAGAGAGAGAGAGAGAGAGGGAGAGAAAGAAAGAAAGAGAGAGAGAGGGGAGAAUUAUCGAGAGUAACUCGAGCCGUCUGGAGUAUUCGUCCUUAGAUUAAAGUCGAGCUCGUUCGAUAUUCGAACGUAUUCUUGAAAGAUUUGCUUUCGAGAGCAAAGAAAAAGAGAAAGAGAAAGAGAAAGAUUCUAACCAAGAUGUACAGCGAUCCGAAUAUUUGUGGGAUUGGCGGAGCGUCGACGAAGGGAGACGAAGUCGAAUUGGUGAGCAGGUUUCUGGCACCUCUUUGCGCGAGGGACGAAGCAGCGAGGAACAUUGCUUUGGCGGCUGCCAGGAGUACGGUCGAGGGAUGGCUCGGAGGUGUUGGGAGUCCGAAUCAAUGGGAGGAAACUACCGGUGCGAUGAAGGACAACGUCGCUUCCGGAAAGUUCAAGGGUCAGGAUGGAAGGUACGACAUGAGCAUCGAGCGUUCACCCUCGAAAUCGACUCCGAAGAACGUAGAGGAACAAACGGCAUCUCCGGAUACCUUCAGAAGCGACUGCUUCUUUCCGCAAAGCGUUACGGAAAAUCCUGCUUUUCCGGAGGACGGUGGCUCCGAAACUGCGGAGAGAUAUCCCUCGGGUUCGUUCGAUUGCGUCGAUGGCCGUCUGGGUUCGAACGAAAGUUCGAGCUUCGGGACACCGGUCGAAAGAAGAAGAUACAUGGGCGGUGAUUCUGCGGACGGGAACAGAUCGGGUCGUUCUACUUCUUCGGACGAGGGCAAGGGUUUCAGGAUCGAACAAUUGCCUGGCAAGUGUCGCAGGUUCAAGGACGGGAGUGAGAGCCGUUUCGGUUCUAGCUGCGACAGCGAUAGAAAGUAUUUGAUCUCGUCGUCGAACGAGAGGUUGAACGAGUUCAGCCAAGAGGAUAGGAUACCGAGAACAAAGAAUUAUAUCAAGGUGAAGGGAGCGAAGCAAAGACAGCCGGAGGAGGACGAGUUGGAUUUGGACACUAGGAUCUACGGGAAGAGUCCAAAGUUCGACGAGAAUCUUGGGAAUGCCUUCUUCGAUCGUAGGAACGUUAAUUUCCGUUCUAAGAGCAGCGAUCUUCUCGAGCGAAGGUAUCGAGACGAAACGGAUAUCACAGGGAGAUCGCGCGAAAGAGUCGUUUUCAAUACACUCGACGGAUUUGAAAACGAGAAUGCGAACGAAACUUAUCGCGAAAAUGAGGUACUCGUUGAGGACGCGAAUCUUGAAAAUUCGGAGGACGAUCUCGAGGAUGGCCGUGCUGGUUGGCGAAGGUACGAACAGGACCAGGAUUGUCUUAGGAAGAACGACGAGAGAAAGUUCAGCGCCGGUCAAAUAAAAAGACCUCUCUCGCAGGACGAAGACGUUUCGUCGAAGAGCGGCAGAGUCCUCGACAGUCCCGAGGUUACUCCUGGCGAUGUAGGGAGGAUGCUUAAUCUUGGAAAUGCACUCGAUGGCCCGAGGCAAACUCAAGCGAACAAGUAUCUCAGCCUGGUGACUCUUCAUCUACCAGUGAUACUCAGGCUCAGCGUUAAUUGUCCUUUUCAGAACGUCAGGAUAAAAUGCGCUGAGAUACUGGAAAUGGUCAAGGAUAGAGGAUUACCAGUACCAGAACCGGCCUUCGAUGGACCUAGUGCCUUCGUUCCCACCUCCGAGUUGCCGGAUCUGAACAACCUCGAUGAAAAGACACGCAUAUUGUUGAUGGAUGCAUUCCUUCAGAACAACAGAUUGGAUCAUGUCUCCAGGGUAAUGUCAUCGCAUCCCUUGUAUUUAGACCACUUCCUUCGAACUCAAAAUUUCAUCCUUAGGGGUGAUGGACCACUUCCUUACGACUACAGACAUCUCAUAGCCAUUAUGGCCGCGGGUAGGCACCAGUGCAGCUAUCUGAUAAACCUGCAGAAGGGAGAGUUUCUUCUUCAGGGUGGUGACCCCUUGUGGCUUCAAGGUUUGAGAUCGAUCCCACGGAAGCUUCAAGAUCUCUAUGAGAUCAAUAAAAUCUUAGCUCACAGGCCGUGGCUUCUAAAUAAAACGCACAUAGAGAAACUGACCAAAGGCGCGGACAAUUGGUCCUUGGCCGAAGUCGUCCAUGCGAUAGUCCUUUUGGCUCAUUUUCAUUCGUUGUCAUCGUUCGUUUUCUCAUGUGGAAUCAACGAAGAAUUGGACAACGUAACGGGCCAUCAUUACAAGGAAAAUAUACAAGACAAUAGCAAUAAAGUGCCACCUGCCAAAGAAAAACUUUCUAGUAGCCCCAAGGAAAUACCCAAUGGCGACGGCAAGACUGAAAACGUACCGUCGCCGCCAUCGUCGCCUAGCAUAGUUGGUGAACAAGAGGUCGGCGUGGAGACUUUAAUGGAGCGAAUGAAACGACUUUCCGAAAAGUCCGAGUCUUAUCAAAUAACGCAAGAAGAAUUAUCCAAAAGAUUUGAAACGGUCGAAACGCAAUCAGCCGAAUUGGCAGCUGCACCUCAAAGAAGUAGCAGCAUUCUUGAUUCCGACAUCGGCCUGUUCAUCGACGAUCCUACCUUCAUAUACCAAGAUUUUGCUAAGCGAGGUCAACUGAACGACAUACCGACCUUCCGCGUGCAAGACUAUUCCUGGGAUGACCACGGUUACUCGUUGGUGAAUCGACUUUACAACGAUGUGGGCAAUUUCCUCGACGACAAGUUCAAGACGACUUACAAUCUGACGUACUACACGAUGGGUACGCAUAGUAAGGUCGAUACAUCUCGUUUCAGACGAGCAAUAUGGAACUACAUCCAAUGUAUGUUCGGAAUAAGGCACGAUGACUACGAUUACAACGAGGUUAAUCAACUCCUCGAACGAAGUCUUAAGACCUUUAUCAAAAGCGCUGUCUGUUAUCCGGAACGCGUUACUAAGAAGGAUUACGAUCGUGUCAUGAGGGAGUUCAAGCACAGUGAGAAGGUGCAUGUGAACUUGAUGAUAUUGGAGGCACGCAUGCAGGCGGAAUUAUUGUAUGCUUUACGUGCCGUGAUGAGAUAUAUGACCUAAACGAAGAUCGAUUCGGGUCCCAUCGUUCGCCUGGUGGUUGGAUCUGUCUUGUCGAUCGGCUCGUCUAUUCGAAUCUUUUUUUUAUUCUAAUUUUUUUUUUUUUUUUCUUUCUUUUUAAUCGUUAAAUUAUUAUUUUCUACGUUUCGAGUCGCCGCGUGCUGCUUCUUCAACGAGGCUUUUGUAGACGGCAGAAAAAGGGAAAUGAGCAAACGCGACACCGAUACACGUGAUUUGCGCACGAAAGAUGAAAAACGCGUCAACACGACACGACACAAUACGACACAACACAACACAACACAAGAAAAUGCAUAUUACAGACAUCAGAGAAAGAGUGAUAUGUAGACUACAACAUUGAAGAUAUUAUACGCGUUUUUCUUGGAUUGCGUUGAUGACCGAGGAAAAGACAAAGCGAACGCCUCGAAAAAAAAAAAAUAUGGAGAACAGAUCGUUCGAAAGAUCCUCGAUAAUUUUAUUCUUUGUCGCUGGAAUCGAAAAUCGAAAAUUAUUGUAAGGACGAAAGCUCUGAGAGCAAUGAAAAGAUUACGAGAAGAAGAGAUAUAUCAUCGAUCGUUUUAUAGAUAGAAAGACUCGCGUUUAUUAUUAUUAUUAUUAUUAUUUUUUAUUAUUAUUAUAUAUUUUGAUGUGUGGCAGCCAAACGUUCGGCUGUAUUUUUUUCUCUUUUCUUUUCUUUUCUUUUCUUUUCUUUUCUUUUCUUUCUUUCUUUCGCUGAUCUAUCGAAGGAUACAGUUUGUAAGGAUGCAGCGAAAGAAAUUAUAAUAUCGAAAAGGUGUGCUUCUUUAUUAUUAUCUCUCGAUGGAAAAAAACUUCUUCGAUGCCACCAUAAACUUUUCUAUAUUUUUCAAAUGUACGACACACGUUAUAUAGUAGCAAGAAAUCAUAAAGAGAUAGAAAAAGAGAAAGGCGCGAAGGGGCCUGAAAUUGAAAUAAAAAUUAAAAGACCGAUCUUUGAGAAUAUCAAUAAAUAAUAAGGCAUCGAAUUAUGUGCGCUUAUCAACGAAUUUCAUGCCUUUACGCGAUCGGUAGCGUUGAUACAGGUAAUUCCCGUCUUUUACGAAUUUAUUCGUCCUGAUCUCUUUCUUUUAAAGUGAGAACUAACAUUUUCCGUAGACGGCAAUGUAAUAAAUGUAUGUCUUUUGUUCCUGACAAUUAAUAUUUCCCAUUGGAAAUCUUAAUGAUUUUAAAUAUAGUAUACAUUUUUUAAGUAUUAUAUAUCAUUUAAAGAAAAAGAAGAAAA